AUGGGAGGCUGCGCAAGCAAGCCCAAGGAGUCGGAUUGUCGUCCCAUUGACCCAGCUGCUCAUCCUGCCGUUGAGGUUGUCGCAACCACCCCUAAUAAUGCUGCUGAUCAGAAAGAUGAGCCUCUGGUUGAUCUUUCUGAGCCAAAUCAGGAGGCCCCCGCUUUGAGUGGAGACUCAAUAGUCACCUCUGAAGAGAAGCCUACAUCCGAUGCAAGAGUUGUCUCUCAAGAGGCUCCUGAAACGCCAUUGGAUUUGGGUGAUGUGGCUACCAAGCCAGCAGAAGAAGUCAGCAAGGUUGAAUCCACAAAUACAGAGCUAAAAGAGGACAAAGUUGAGGCUGUGAAUGCCAUCAAGAAGCCAACAGAUGAUCAGGAGGAGGGAGCAACAGCAGCAGAUUCUGUGGAAAAAGCGGAGGCUAAACCCAACAAUGAUUCUGAAGAAAAUAAAAGUGAUGCCCCUCUCAUUACUGUGUGA